AUGACGUCACUAGAACGCGACCUGACCGUUAAAAUAGACGGAACCAUUAGCAAAGCAUCUUGUCUUAAAGGUUACACCAAGUGGCGUGACAUCUGCUACAAGGCGUUCAACACACUCAAGACCUUCAGCGAUGCGGGCGCGGCCUGUCGUGCAGACGGCGGUACCCUCGCCAUGCCCCGAGACGCUGAUACCAACGCCUUCGUCAUCUCCCUGUACAACUCCGUGCACGACGAUCGAGCCUUCUGGAUCGGCCUACACGAUCAGCGCGAAGAGGGGCGGUUUGAGUGGGUGGACGGUUCUGCACGUGGGCCGUACAGCUCCUGGGGACAGGGACGACCGGACAGCGCUGGGGGCAACGAAGAUUGCGUCCUUUACUCCGCACUGCCAUCUCUGAAAGACAAGUGGAACGACGAAGAAUGCGACUAUACGUUUCGCUUCAUAUGCCAGGCUGCUCCAGCUUUCAUAUACACCACACCUCAACCAACAACAACUCCUGCUGUGACCACUACAACAGCUGCCACCAGCACAGUUGGCUCUUCAACUGCAGGAGCUGCUACUACUCCCACAACAGUCACCACACCUUCACCACCAACAACAACUCCUGCUGUGACCACUACAACAGCUGCCACCAGCACAGUUGGCUCUUCAACUGCAGGGGCUGCUACUACUCCCACAACAGUCACCACACCUUCACCAACAACAACUACAGCUGUGGCCACUACAACAGCUGCCACCAGCACAGUUGUCUCUUCAACUGCAGGGGCUGCUACUACUCCCACAACAGGUCAAUGGCUGGAGCGGAAUUCCGCCUGUUCCGACAACACCGAGUCCAGCUACUACCACUGUGCGGACCAGUCAGAGGACUACUGUCUUUUCCCCAAGCACGUCCUCUUCAAGCACUCCAGCGAAAACAUCGGAGUCUGCAGGAGACCAGAUAUCGUCUGA